GUACGAGAGACAUGGAGUUGGAGAGAAGCGUUAGGCCUAAUUUAUCAAGAAAAAGUUCUCCAUUUGCUCAACAAACAUAAAGAUAUGUCGUCUUCGGCGAAUGCAGCAAGUGAUAAACUGAAGAUUCUGUGUAUCCAUGGUUACAGACAAAAUGCCCAGAUCUUCCGAGAGAGGACCGGAGCCCUCAGGAAAAUCAUAAAGAAAUACACAGAGCUGGUGUUCAUUUCAGCUCCGAACAAAGUACAGCCGGCCGAGGGUGAAGAGGAUUUAGACCAAAGAGGUUGGUGGUUCUCGACAACCGACCACACCUUCAAGGCCAGCCAGGCCUGCGAAGUCGACCCCGGUUUGCAGGAAUCUCUGACCACGGUAGCUGAAGCCUUCAAGGAACUUGGGCCCUUUGACGGUGUACUUGCCUUCAGUCAGGGAGCGGCAUUUGCAGCGAUACUCUGUGCAUUGCAAAGCCAGGGAGAUACCAGAUUUCCUUUCAAGUUUGCAGUCUUAGUCGCCAGCUUUCGCAGCCUGAGCUCCAGCCACGCUGCCUUUUACGCCAACCCGAUCGACUGCCCGACGUUACACGUGUUUGGCGACACGGACGGCGUAAUUCCAAAAGAAUCAAGUGAAGGCUUACUACCACUGUUCGUCAACCCACAAGUUCUGAAUCACCCAGGCGGCCAUUUUGUGCCAGCAUCGUCUCCGCAAAAGAAGGUUUACCUCGACUUCCUUGAGCAUUGGUACAAGAAGAAACAAGAGGAGAACUCGAUCUCCAAAUGAACUGUGAAUGAGACUACCGUUCAGACGCAACC